UUUUAUAAUCUGUAAAACUUCAAUUACUGAAUAUUGAGAUUUACUUAAAAUGAAUAAUUUUUUACCUUUCGUUGAUAUUUUUCAUUGGUAUAAUAAACUGAAAAUGAAACUUUUCAGUAAAUCGCGACAUUAUUCAUUGUCACCUUUUAAAAUCACAAUCAUCAAUUUACUGUUCGGAUUACCGAAUCACAGUCUAACAUCCGAAGAGACAAUCAAACAACUUGUGAAAUUUGAAAAGUUUUCAAUAUUUUUUCGUGCUUCUCGAUUUGGCUUCAAUCAAAAUGUGUCUCAUCAAUCAGCUAAAACUGACUAUUUCCGACUAAUUAUACGAGCAAUUGAUCAAAUCACCUUGAUUCGUUGCAUUUGUUUAACACUCAUAGACAAUGAAGAUUAUCAAUUGUAUUUAGGUGACUUUGCCUACAAGACGAAAUAUCGAUCAAUGAUUAACAUUCUAAUGAGCAUUUCCUUCUCAUUGGGAGCUGUCAACAGUGAAUUGAUUGUUUUAUAUGAUAAAAGUGGUAAAUACAGUGUUUUGACCAUUUACUCGGACAUAAUUAAGAACGGAUUUGAUCCAGUUCACUUGCAAAUGACAUCAAACCAAGCAAUUAAUUUUCAUCGUUCAAUCCAUAUUCUGGUUACUCAGCUCAACCGUAGCUUCAUAUUUAUCUGUUUCUUUGUUGAACCGUGCUAUUACACCAUAUUACUCUUCAAUCCACACUUUUAUCAAGUCAAACCGUUGCCUUAUUUCAGCUUAGCCUGGAGUUUAGUCGUUAUUUUUGUCGCCGUUGCCUUGUUUGGCAGAUAUUUUGCUAUUUUUGGUUAUAUUUUUUUAAUACAAGCAUAUUCAAUGCACAAGUUGCGCUCAGUAGUCGAGUUGUCAGAUUCCUAUCGUAGAUUAAAAUGCACCGAUGAACUUGCUUCGACGUUCAUCAAAUACACGUUUGAAUGUCUAAAUCAAUGGGAAAAAAGUGCUCAUUUAACCGGUGCUUUAGUCUUUUCUGCGUUUGCUGUCAUUGUACCUAUUGGUGAUCUGCUCAUAUUUUAUGGUUUUAUUGUUCGUUUUCAUUCUCCACUAUUUGCUAAUUCAGUUGGUUCUCUCGGUUGCAUUGCUUUCACCGUAAUUGGUUACCUCUCAUUAAUUGGACGAGAAUUUAUUAUUAAAAUUGAACGUUCAUAUUCAAAUCUUCAAAUAAUGUGUCGGUACAAUGCUCUCGAUGUUCACAAUCAGUUUAAGCUUUUACAAUUAAUGGAACGAUUAUCCGACCCUAAUAUCGGCAUUCAAUUGGGUUCAAUAAUAACGAUUAGAAAGGAUUUCUUCAUUAAAGUCAGUAUUACAGAUUUACUAUUUUUUCAAUCUCAUUCCAGAAAAAAAAUUCCAAAUAAAUAUCGAAUAUAUAUAAAUAAAUAUAUUGAUUAUUUGGAUUGUGGACGAGAUGUUGUUGACGAAGAUGGAGCUUUGGUCGUUGGAGGAGCUGAGGUUACAGAUGAAUAUACUCCGUAA